AUCACGACUUUCUCCGCCUUCAAUAUUCACUACAGUUCACUAAACACCUUGCGCUCCGCCGAAUAGCCUUCCUAAGCCCUCGGAUUCUCUUCAUAUCAUCUACACGACUUAGCCUCAACAGUUAAUAUGCUCCUCGACGAAGACCCCGCGGCCCUCAUAGCUCAGUGUACCAAAAACUUUAAAUCUGACCCGGAUCACUCCUCCCUCCUCCGAAUCUCCGAUUCUCUUGCCACCCUCUCCCAAUUCCGAACGCAACACCUCGCCUCUCUCCAAACGACACUCUCAAAACUCUCGCGCCAGCACCAAACACUCUCCUCGACGCACAACCUCACUCUUUCGCAACACAACCCGACAAACCAUGCGAGCGAGAUCCUGCGGCUUGAUACCGAAAAAUUCAAGAUCGCGAAACAGGCGAGUGAUUUGGAGAUUGAGGGUGAGAGACUGCAGUCGGAGUUAGGGAGGUUAGGGGGGGUGUUAGGGGAGCUGGAUGAGGAAGGGGUGGAGGGCGCAGCGGAGAGAGAGAGGUUGCCGGAGGAGGAUGCUACGGUGCUUAAGCUAAAAGUCUACCGCACGCUUGGUAUCGAUGUCGAAGCCGAUGCGAUGACGGGACAGUAUAGUAAGGCUGUGAUCCGAAAUGCGGCGAAGGGGGAUGUGCAUGUUGUGAAUAUCGAUCCGAAGUUCUCGAGGCACUUCUAUACGAAUUACUUCUGGAGGACGAUGUAAGGAUGCUAGGAUGUCACGGAUACCGGCUAGGACGGAUGUAACGAAGUGAAAUGAGGGGUCUAGGGCGUGUGUAUUUGAUAGUUGUCGCUGGCUAGCGUGGAGAUGGGUAUGAUUACAGGAGUACGGGCCCCGACAAGAGAUACCUGGCGUUCUAGGUCAAUGAUCACGUUACCUUGCUAUGC